AUGAGGAUAGAGAUGAAGACAUAUUCUCCGUUCUACGCUAUCGAGAAGGGGGCUGUAUUGCAAGAGGCCAGAUGCUUUAAUGAUCCGCACAUUGACCCAAGGCGCUGCCAGCAGGUCAUUACAAAGCUUCUGUACCUCCUCACUCAAGGGGAAACCUUGACAAAGAAAGAGGCAUCGGAGGUCUUCUUCAGCGUUACAAAGUUGUAUCAGAGCAAGGAUGCAAAUCUCAGAAGGAUGGUGUACCUGGUCAUCAAAGAUGUCUGCCCUGGGGCGGACGAAGUCAUCAUCAUCACAAGCUCCUUGAUGAAGGACAUGAACAGCAAAACCGACCUGUACCGGUCCAAUGCCAUCCGGGUGCUCUGCUCUAUCACAGACUCGCAGUUGCUGGGGCAAAUAGAGCGGUACUUGAAACAGGCGAUUGUGGACAAGGCGGCUGUGGUGGCGAGCGCGGUGCUGGUGAGCGCGCUGCACCUGCUGGGCCACAACUCAGAGAUCGUGAAGCGGUGGACGAAUGAGAUCCAGGAGGCGGUGCAGAGCAAGCACUCCAUGGUGCAGUUCCAUGCCGUGGCGUUGCUGCACGCGCUGCGCGCCAACGACCGCCUGGCUGUCAGCAAGCUCGUCACCUCCCUCACAAAGAGCAACGUCCGCUCCUCCCUCGCGCAGUGCCUGCUGGUCAGGUAUGUGGCGCAGGUGAUCGCGGAGUCGACGGCGUCGGGCAGCGGGCAGCGGCCCUUCUAUGACUUCCUGGAGAGCUGCCUGCGGCACAAGGCGGAGCUGGUGAUCUUCGAGGCCGCGCGCGCCAUCGUGGCCAUGCCAGAGGUAACCAACCGCGAGCUGGCGCCCGCCAUCACCGUCUUGCAGCUCUUCCUCACCUCCUCCAAGCCCGUCCUGCGCUUCGCCUCCGUCCGCACCCUCAACAAGGUGGCGAUGACUCACCCGGGGGCGGUGGCGGCGACCAACCUGGAUCUGGAGGCGCUGAUCAGCGACAGCAACCGCACAAUCGCGACGCUGGCCAUCACCACGCUGCUCAAGACGGGCAAUGAGGGCAGCGUGGAGCGCUUGCUCAAGCAGAUCGGCUCCUUCAUGAGCGACAUUGCCGAUGACUUCAAGAUUGUCGUCGUUGAAGCCAUCCGCUCCCUCUGCCUCAAAUUCCCCCAGAAGUACCGGGCGCUGAUGAACUUCCUGUCCAACGUGCUGCGCGAGGACGGUGGGUUCGAGUACAAGAAGGCCAUCGUGGACUCCAUUCUCAUCCUCAUCAAAGACAUCCCCGAUGCCAAGGAGCCCGGCCUCGGCCACCUCUGCGAAUUCAUCGAGGACUGUGAGUUCACGUACCUGAGCACCCAGAUCCUGCACCUAUUGGGCGUGGAGGGCCCCAAGACGAAGGACCCGGCCAAGUACAUCCGCUUCAUCUACAACCGCAUCAUCCUGGAGAACGCCACCGUGCGCGCAGCCGCCGUCUCAUCCCUCGCCAAGUUUGGCGCACUUGUCGAGGACCUGCGCCCGCGCAUUCGCGUGCUCCUCUCCCGCGCCCUCCACGACAACGACGACGAGGUGCGAGACAGGGCCACGCUGUACCUGGCAGAGCUGGACGGGAAUGCCGGGGGUCCCCAGGCCAUCGAUGUGCAGUGGAACAUCCCUCCCAAGAACCUUGAGAAGAGCCUGCGCGCCUACCUGGAAAACGGCACUGACAAGCCCUUCGACCUGGCGUCAGUGCCCAAAGCCGUCCCCCAAGCGCCGCAGAAGGACCAGAAGAAGAAGUCUGGGCCUGCAGCCGUCUCCAAGCCGGAGCCGGUGAUGGCGUCGCAGUAUGUUGACGCGCUGAGGGACAUCCCGGAGCUGGCGCAUGUGGGGCCGCUCUUCAAGUCGGCCGAGCCGCUGCUGCUGACGGAGGAGGAGACCGAGUACAACAUCGCGGUCGUGGUGCACAUUUUCGCGGCGCACGUGCUGCUGCAAUUCAACUGCACCAACACCGUGCAGGAGCAGGUCCUCGAAAAUGUCAGCGUCGCGGUCGACCUCUCCGAAGCGGAGGAGUUUGAGCAGGAGCUGUCGCUGCCGCUGGCGCGCAUGGAGUACGGGAGCGUGGGGCAGACCUACGUGCUGCUGCAGCGGCCGCCCGACUCCCUGUCCAUGGGCAAGCUGGGCGCCAACCUCCAGUUCACCGUCAAGGAAAUCGACCCCUCCAGCGGCGAGGCGGAGGAGGAUGGGUAUGAGGACGAGUACCAGCUGGAGGACAUAGACAUUGGGGCGGCCAACUACAUCAAGGCGGUGCCCGUCUCCAACUUCCGCAAGGCCUGGGAGGACACCGACCCGGCAUCCGAGAUCAGCGAUGACUACGGCCUCGGCGUCCGCGACAGCCUCCAGGAUGCAGUGGAGGCGGUGAUGUCGAUCCUGGGCAUGGCGCCCUGCGACGGCAGCGACGCGGUGCCGCCCAACGCGCGCAGCCACACGCUGCUGCUGGCCGGCCACUUUGUGGGCGAUGUGCCGGCCCUUGCGCGCAUCAGCUUCGGCAUCGACAUUGGCCGCAACGUCGCCAUGAAGCUUGUGUCCCGCUCCGACCAGCACGAGAUCUCCGACUUCCUCCACCAAAUCAUCCAGUCCUGAUCCUGAUCCUGACUGGCUCAUGGGCGCCUGGCACUGCUGCUGCAACCUCAGCGUGGGAUCUUGUUUGGCUCAGGGCGCCCGUCUCUAUUGCAGCAACCUUGCCGGUGACAUGCGGCUUGUAGCACCACUGCUGCAUCCUGAGCAUGUUUUGCAGGGGGCAUGCUAGUGGGCUGGGUAGCUUUCUGUUUAUGUGUUGUAGUGAAGAGCUUGAUGGCGCAGUGGAGGGCAGCCAGUUUCACUGUUUGCAAGGACACAAGAGGUGGUUGCUUUGGUAUGAGUCUGCGAAAAUUGUAAACAAGACUCGUGACUGU